CCUAGACAAUUACCUAAGGACGUUAUAAAAACACAAUUAUAUAAACUAUUCCUUCUUCUCGACUUUUAUGAGGAUUUUUAAAGAGAAAGAAAAUCGCGGCACUCUGCUCCAUCGUAUUUGACAUUUUUUCAAUGUGGGACGCAAGUGAAAAGAUACAUUUCGAUAAAUUUAUAGUUACCGAAGCGGGGUAAUCAUAUUUAAAUUGAUCGAUGGUUUCCAAACAACCGGGGAGAUGAUUUACUGAAAUUUUACUUUUAUAUUAAAGUACCAACGUACGGUUAGGGCAUUCUAGCUAUUAAUUCUUUCACUUUCAGCUUCGACUGAUUACCAUUUCUGUCGUAGUACACCUCACAGAUGAUUUUCAUUCGUAACUCGUUCUUUUCGAGCGCAUCUACAAAGGUUAUACUACAGGGGGUGUUGUGUGCUCCCGUUGCGGGGGUGAUAUACUGUUCUAUCGUAAACCUCGUUAUCUGACAGGUAACGAACAUCGAGUAUUUUGUUUUUAACGAGCUAAGAUAAUGUUUUAACUGUCGACUAUUUUACACGGGAAAAUUCGAACGUUUUCCGCCAAUCGAGGCGCUGCGCGUCGCUCCGGAAAGGCGCGUCAAGCCGCGCACGAAUCGGGCAAAACCUGGGUAUUUCCCUCCCGAACACUGUAGCGGGAGGAUCGCGCUUGGAGGGAGGAGGUUUCACUCUCCCAUGCCACUCUCACUGUGCACUCGCAUUUGCUUCCAUUCUCCCGAUAUAUACCGAGGGAGACGCGACGUUCUGCUGGUCAGUCGCUUAAACUUGCUUUUCGGGUGUCGUGUCAUUGCGCAACCUACGAUCACUGUUUCUAGAUAAGGAGAUCACAAGGAAAAAAAACAAAACAAGAAUAAUCAUCCGGAGAGUAGAGAGGCUGAAGGAACGAAACAGCGCGAGACAAAGGACGUACCCUGUGUUCUUAAGACGCUUCGAAUCUCAAUUUUGAAGCGACCGAGCGGAGUCUGGAUCGGAGGCGAAGAGGCGCGCCGCAGUCAGUCAUGAACGGGAUCUCCAGUCAAUGUGGGAAAAUCAAGGACCAGAGCAGGUAUGAUGGCGAGGACGAGCGAUCGAUGAUGAUCAAGAAACCCGGACCACUAAGGACCGUUUCCUGGUCGGAGAACGUCGAGGAGAGCAACCUGGAUGUGCCUGGAACACCCAGGACACCUCGAACUUCCACCACGCCAGGUCAUGAAAAAUGCAUGUUCCACCACGAUUUGGAGCUGGACCAUAGGCCACCCACGCGCGAGGCGUUACUUCCGGAAAUGUCACGGAGCUACAAGCUACUCUUAAGUUCCCUAGGCGAGGAUCCCGAUCGACAAGGCCUUCUGAAGACGCCAGAACGCGCUGCCAAGGCUAUGCUAUUCUUCACGAAGGGUUACGAUCAGAGUAUCGACGACGUGAUAAACGACGCCGUGUUCGACGAGGACCACGACGAGAUGGUCGUGGUGAAGGACAUCGAAAUGUUCUCCAUGUGCGAGCACCAUUUGGUGCCGUUUUACGGAAAAGUCUCGAUCGGUUACCUGCCCUGCAAGAAGAUCCUCGGUCUGAGCAAGUUGGCCAGAAUCGUGGAGAUCUUCAGCCGGCGUCUUCAGGUUCAAGAGCGGCUCACCAAGCAAAUCGCAGUGGCGGUGACCAAAGCUGUACAGCCGGCAGGAGUUGCAGUGGUUGUCGAGGGAGUGCACAUGUGCAUGGUGAUGAGGGGCGUGCAGAAGAUAAACAGCAAGACGGUGACGUCGACGAUGUUGGGUGUGUUCCGGGACGACCCGAAGACUCGCGAAGAAUUCCUCAACUUGGUCCACAACAAGUAAACCACCUGUUCGUACCUUCUCCCUCCAGCAAUGUCCGUUGUUAUCAUUGGCCAAGGGACCACGUAACCGCGGGGGCCCACGACACGAUUCAAGCGUUUCGCCCCACUGCUACCUCAUCGCAAAAAAGAAAGAAGCAUCCAAAAAGAAGUCGAUCUCGAUGGCGCGCUUUCAUUUGUAACGCCCGGUCCACGUCGGAGCGUUGCAAAUGGAGAAAAACGUGACCGUAGUCCGAUGACUCGCGUGAGCAGCAUAGCCCUGCGAAUUGUCGCGACGGAA